UGACAGUAAAGUGCAGACAUUUUCAAUAUCUCCCAAACCAACAAUCUAGAACAGUUUCUGGAUAUGCACAACAAACAUGAGCUGGAAAGCAUUAGGAUCCUUGUAGUGAUGAGCAAGACCAUUUUUCAUUCAGCGACAUGUCAACACGACCAGACUGCACCGUCUUAAAUCCUGUGAGGAUUCAUUUUUCUUUUAUUCAACUCUGUGACUGAAGAAACUUUCUUUAUAGUGGAUUCGCUCACGUUACUUUGAUAAUGACUCAUUGUCUUCAAGAAAGCUGCUAAUGGACGACAGACAGAAGGAGCAUUACACGCAAAGACAAGACACAUCAGCUGUAAGACAUCGAAAAACAUGUAACGUUAAGACAAACGAGGGGGCUGAGUGCCUUUCCCAGCCUUCUAAUGAGACUUCCAAUGGGGCGAAUAAAAGGAUUCCCAAACGAGGAGGACACCUCAGUUCUCCCUCCAGAGCUGACCAUGUGCCAGAUUAUACUCUGGUUCUGGUUCUGGUUCUGGUGCUUGUGCUCUCUGUAUGUACACGCUUCUACAAAAUCACUGAGCCUCCACAUGUAUGUUGGGAUGAGACUCAUUUCGGGAAAAUGGGAAGCUAUUACAUUAACCGCACCUUCUUCUUUGAUGUCCAUCCACCCCUUGGAAAGAUGCUGAUCGGCCUCGCUGGAUACCUGACAGGCUAUGAUGGGACCUUUCCCUUCAUAAAACCAGGGGACAAAUAUGAGCACCACAACUACUGGGGGAUGAGAGCGUUCUGUGCAGCUCUUGGUUCCUGUCUUCCUCCUUUUGCCUUCCUUAUUGUCCUGGAGCUGUCACAUUCUACGCCAGCAGCGCUCAUCGCAGCCUCUCUGCUUAUCUUUGACACUGGCUGUAUCACCCUGUCUCAGUACAUUCUCCUGGAUCCCAUUCUAAUGUUUUUCAUCAUGGGCUCUGUUCUCUGCAUGGUCAGAUUCAACACACAGAGACUCAGCCCUUUCAGCUUUUCCUGGUGGUUCUGGCUGCUUCUGACAGGGGUCUGCCUCUCUGGCUCUCUGGGGGUAAAGUUUGUGGGACUGUUUGUCAUCCUCUUGGUGGGAAUUAACACGGCAUUUGAUCUGUGGAUGCUGCUUGGGGACAUCAGCUUGUCUUUGCUGGAUUUUGGGAAGCACUUGUUAGCUCGAGUUUUUGGGUUGAUAAUGCUCCCAUUGUUCCUGUACACUACAAUAUUUGCUGUUCACUUCAUUGUUUUAAACAGAAGCGGUCCUGGGGAUGGUUUCUUUAGCUCUGCUUUUCAGUCUCGCUUAAUUGGAAACAAUCUGCACAACGCCUCCAUGCCAGAGUAUCUGGCGUAUGGCUCUGUCAUAACUGUGAAGAAUCUGCGAAUAGCAGGAGGGUAUCUGCACUCUCACUGGCACCUUUACCCAGAAGGUGUUGGAGCUCACCAGCAGCAGGUUACAGCCUAUUUGCACAAAGAUUAUAACAACUUAUGGUUGGUCAAGAGACCGGACAACUCUGACGAUAUCACAGGGCCGCCAGAACUGGUCCGACAUGGUGAUAUCAUUAGACUGGAACACAAAGAAACUACAAGAAAUCUUCAUAGUCAUUUCCAUGAAGCUCCGCUGACCAAAAAACAUCUGCAGGUCACAGGUUACGGCAUUAAUGGAAGCGGAGACAUGAAUGACUUGUGGCAGGUGGAGGUGUGUGGAGGGAAGAAAGGAGAUCCGGUGAAGGUGUUGCGUAGUAAAGUGCGUUUUCUCCAUCGCUCUACAGGCUGCGUGCUUGGCUCCUCUGGAAAGACCCUUCCCAAGUGGGGAUGGGAACAAGUGGAGGUCACAUGUAGCCCAUAUGUCAAAGAGACCCCCAACACACAGUGGAACAUUGAGGAUCACAUCAACCCUAAACUGCCCAACAUCAGUCUUUCAGUGCUCAAACCAACUUUCCUGGAGAUCCUCUGGGAGUCUCAUAUUGUGAUGAUCAGGGGAAACAGUGGUUUAAAGCCAAAAGACAAUGAGAUGAACUCUAAACCCUGGCACUGGCCCAUCAACUAUCAGGGUUUGAGGUUUUCUGGAGUGAAUGAGACAGAGUACCGCGUUUAUCUUCUCGGGAACCCUGUCGUCUGGUGGCUGAAUCUCUUGAGUCUGGCUCUGUUUGUUUUAAUGCUGACAGUGGCAUCUUUAGCAAAACAGAGAGGAGUGAAGAUGGAGGGAAUGAGGAAAGUUCACUGUCACACUCUCAUGGAGGGCGGUGGGAUGCUGCUUUUGGGUUGGCUAUUACACUACUUCCCAUUCUACAUCAUGGGUCGCAUACUCUACUACCACCAUUACUUUCCUGCAAUGUUGUUCAGCAGUAUGCUCACAGUUAUUUGGAUUCUCAUCCUGAUGGCACCCAUUCACUACAAAGGAUUCAUUGGUAUUACUCUGGACAUCUUCCUCCAGAAUUUACACCAUCUCUUUAGUUCAUCCAUAUCCCAUUGUCUUAUGAGGGGAGGUCAAUUUAUACUCCUGUUAGGGUUCAUCUACAGUUUUUAUCUCUUCCACCCUCUCUCCUAUGGUAUGAGGGGGCCGCUGGCGCAAGACCCUGCCUCGUCCAUGGCUGGCCUCAGGUGGAUGGAAUCCUGGGAAUUUUAGACCAUUUUAGACUAUUUUGAAGUGUCCAGGACUUCAUAAAAUCUUUUUAACCACUUCAGUUGUUACAUGUUGACUGGCUCAUUUCAUUGUGGAAGUACAGUCUUUACUCUGCUGUUAGGCUGUGAUGAAACGUUUUAAAAUAUUAUUUUAAAUAUUAUUUUUAUUUUACAUUCAUGUAUUUUACAUUAAAGCUUGAUGGUGUUUAACUGCUGUAGUUGGACUGAACUAAACUGACAAGUAAUAAAGUGCCUUUCAGGUUUCGGAUUUGAAGACUCCAAUGAUGUAUAAAAUAUUCACUCCUUCAAUUGGGUUUUGUACAUUUCAUUUGUUACAUAUUUUGUUCUGAGGAAAAAAAAAAAAUGAAAGUGUAUUCAAAAACAGCAACCUUUGAUGGAUUACAAUAUUAUAUUUCUCAGCUACACAAGUUGUGGUUUUGAUCAAUUAAAUUGACAUUUCUGGGUCAUACCACUGAAUUUCAUUUUGGAUUUGCGAAAUAAUUAGCUGUGUCCCUUCGUAAUUGUGUUACUGGAGGUAUUGCCUUAAAUGCAGAUCAAUGGCUGACUGAAAUGAAUACAUUGCAAAAAUAUGCAUGUAUUUGGACUUUAUUUGCAUUGCAUUUGAGAGCAACACAUUUUUUUAAAUGUGUCCUUUUACUGAAAAUACUUUUCAUAAACCACCAUCAUGCUAAGAAGAAAAUAGUGUUAUUUGUGUUGGACUGUAUAUUUGUACCCCACUUUAGUAUCCUAUCACUGAAGUUUAAUGUUUUCUUGCAAAACUAAUCUUUUCUCACAGGUUUCAUAAUUCCCACUUAUUAAUAAGUCUAGCAACUUUAUCUGGGUGAUUUCUCCCUUUAUCUCAACC